AUUCUUACAUGUUCAAUUUUUCAUCAUACUACUUAAAUAACAAACUUUCAGCAUAGAAUUGAAUAGAACAUUUAAUAAUUAAACAUCAUAUUAUAGAUGAUGCAAACUAAAAGUUCAUGGACUCCAUUAGUGAAUAAAGAUGCAAAUAAAAUGCUUUUUGAAGAACGACAAAAUCUUAUUUUAGCAUGGUUUACAAAAUGGUCUGAAAGUCAAAGAAAACAGUUAAUGACAAAACUUUUUGAGUUAUGUACUCAGAAACAAAUUGAAUCACUUUUUAUCAUCCUUGAAAAUAAAAUGCCUUUAUACAAAAUAGAUUUUACAAGAACACUGCCACGAGUUUUGUGUAUUUAUUUAUUUUCUUUUUUGGAUCCUAGAAGUCUUUGUCGUUGUGCACAGGUAUCAUGGUAUUGGCGAUAUCUAAGUGAAUCAAAUGAAUUAUGGGCAUCGAAAUGUUUAAGACGUGGUUGGGAUUUAAUUGCUUCACAUAGUCAAUGGGAACCUGGAAUAUGGAAAAAGCAUUAUAUUCAGAAAAUACGUUAUCUUCAAUUUCAUAUUUCACAGUCAAUCAAUAACUCCGUGAAUAAUAAUCAUCAACAUCAUCAGAGUGAUAAUGAUACCAAUCACAUUGAUACUACUACUAAUACUACUAAUAAUCAUCAUCAUCAUAACGAUGAUGAAUAUGAUAAAAACAAGCAGAAUACAAUCAAUCGACACAGCGAAUUAAAUCAAUGCAAUAAUGAUUCAUGUAAAUUCAUGAUACCAUGGCGUGCACCAAGUCGUAAACCAUCUGAUAUUCAUCGUUUCAAUUAUUUCGAUAAUGAUGAACCGGUCAUCAAUGCACGAUCAUCUGGACAAGAAUUUAAAGCUAGGCUUAGUUAUAGUGCUGGAUCAUCAUCGACAACAACAAGAAAGAAGAAAUAUUCUUUAACAUUAGAUUCAAGUUUUUAUAAAUCUACUACACAAACUGAUCAUAUUAACAAUGAUAAUAAUGACAUUGAUUCACAGCUCAACAAUUUGUUUAAACAUCAUGAAACAACAGCAAUACAAAAAUCAACAUCUCCUCCUCCUCCUUCUUCUCCUAAUCAUGUUGUUUGUUCAAUGUUUACAAAUCGUCAUAAUUCCAUGACAACGACACCAUGGAAACCGACAUCCAUUUAUCCAUCUAAAUUAAAUCAAUUGAAUACAGAAAAAACACGACAAUCACAAUAUGGUAUGAUUAAAAAAUUUAUUCAUUCUGAUUCAAGUAUAAAAAAUAGUUUGAAAUCUAAUAAAAUUCAUGAUCAUGAUCAUUUAAUCAAUAAAUUACAGAUGAAUGGUAGCAGUUCAAUAUUGAACGAAUCAAAUAAACAACUUGGUGAUGAAAUUAAUAUGGUUAAUUUUUCUGGAGAAUAAAUCAUUGGAAUAUGAAAUAUCUCAAAGUGUCGAUGGGAAAGGAAGGAAGUGCAUUUGCUCACUUUUUUGUAAUAAUAAUAAUAAUAAUAAUAAUAAUAAUAAUAAUAAUAAUAAUAUUUAUACACACACUGACUCACACACACACAUAAUAAAUAGACGAUAUCUGUACCAUGUAA